AUGACAGAGGUGCUGGGCUACUGCCGAAGGGUCAGCUUCAACAACGUCCAUCCGGACGACGACCUGCUGCGAUUCUACUCCUACUCGUUCCACGAACCCACCCUGCCGACGGACCCGCCCCGGUUUUUCGGCAACUACUCGUUGACCUCCCACAAACGCCUCAAGCUACCGGACCCGCCCUCUAAGUCCAUUCUCAAAAACAAGCUCUCUCAGCAGCAGCUCAAAGACAACUUGGACAGAGCCCGCUCUUUGGGUGUCAGCUACCACGGCGACAUCAACGAUUUGGCCGAUUUUCCUCCAGAUUCCGUUCCUCGACUGGAGGUCGCCGUGGUUUGCGUCGAGGACGGUGCUGACGAUGACGGGCCCAAGUCCCCCACGGGCUCCUCCACCAAUUCUUCCUCUUCCUUGCAGCCUCCUCCUCCACCUCCAACUGGCGGCCGCAGGAAGUCGUACCUGGGCAUGUCGGACGAGGAGCUCAUGGCCUUGGACCCGCAGUUUAAUACCCCAAGAACAUCGGAUAUUUCGUCGUUCAAGUUUGACUCCCAGCAAACAUACUACAAAAACAGCCCCAGGCGAAGCUCUGCCGUCGCCGCCACCACCGUGGUGCCCCAGGCCAAGCAGGUGAUAUAUCCGCUGCUGAACGAAAACAACUACCCGUCGAUUUCCUUAACGGCAAAGCACGAGGACUACGACCACAACAUUCUGACAGCCAGAAAGCUCAUGACGGUGUUGUCGGGGCGCAAACACACGUGGAACUCACUAGAUUGGCUUCUCCAGACAAACAAGGAGGCCAUUGGACCCAAUGAGCCUGGGUUUCUCCAGAGCGGCGACUACUUGAUCGUCGCUGCUCUUGUGCCGCUAAAAUACUUCAACGCCAACACCACACGCAAGAAAAAUGCUCUAGAAGACAAACUAUACAAGAAAUGCGAGCACCUUCUCGACUACAUUCUCCACUCGCUUCCAGACAAGCUGCUCUGCCUAAAAGUCACGGUGGAGUUUGUCAUUGACGUGCCGCCUGCAGACCCCAUGACGUUAACGGGAAAAAGACCUCCUCCCGUGGGCACAAAGUUCAUGGUAGACCAUCUUUUCAAACAGUAUCUGCCCAACUUGGUAAUUUUGGGCAACAAGUCCACCAACUUGAAUUUCAAGUACCCCAUGCGGAAGAUGAAGUCAAGCCUUUCAGCAUCCUCGGGCUCAACGCCUUCAGGGCAAGGCUUUUCGCUUAGCAAGUUCCACCUGGCUCCCCAGAUGUCGAGUGGUUCAGAUGAACACGAGGUAUAUUUGAUCAAAUUGACUUCGUACGUGAUCAAGUAUUCUCCUGUUCCUGUCAUAAUCGUGGGAACGCACAACACGGCAAUUCACAAGAAAAACGGCACAAGGCCGCUGUUGGUGACAUUUUCCGACCAGCCUUUGGGCCCCAAGAUCACUUUGGACGUUCCUCAACGAUCCGGCGGGCGUAAACCCUCCACCACGUCCACAGCUUCGAUUGAAUCGUAUGCCGGGCCCCAGGACGGUGCCAGCGUAUGCUCACUGGAUGAGUCGCUGCAGCACAUCAACAUGGGGGACACCCUCGCCGAUCUCAUGAGCUGUCUGUCCGAAAGCAAGUUUCAAGAUAUGCUUUCAGUCGUUUCCCAGUGCUCGUUGACCGAGCUGCGAAACUACCUCACUUCCCUUAGUGACACUUCCAAAAACCCCGAAGCAAAACUCAACAGCAAAGUACAUCAGGCCUAUCAGAGCUACAGCCAUACUAGGACUGGAGUUUCGCACCUGGCCAGCCGGACCCUUUCCAACAGUAGCGACGGCAAGCCAUACAAGGUGAAGAGUAUGAUCUCGUACAGCGAAGAGGAGGAGCGCAAGAACGAGAAGAAGCUCAACGACAAGCGGCUCAAGAAGUCGGUCUCGCAGAGCUCUAACGGCCUGGCCAGCAGUGGUGACAAGAAAGUGAAGAAAAAGAAGUCGUUUCUCCAAAAAAUUGGGUUCAAGAAGUGA